UUCCCAAUAAAAUGCGCACAUGCGGCAGCUCGUGCACAGUUAAUGUGGUCGGGCUCUUAAAAGGACAACAUUUCGACCUAUCAGCAAUCACACAAAAUUACGAUAUAAAAGGUUAAAAUACAGAGGAGCCAGAGUUGUUAUGGUUUUCACCUGACCUCUGUUUGCCAGAUAAAAUGAGUUAAAUAUGACCAUGUACUUCGGUUGCAUGUUCUGAAUAUUGAGGCCGGGGCUGAAGACAUACGAAGAUUCUUUACCAACUUACACAUCCCAGAAGGUGGUGUAUAUACACUGCUCAAAAAAAAAGGGAACACUUAAACGGCACAAUGUAACUCCCAAGUCAAUCACACUUCUGUGAAAUCAUACUGUCCACUUAGGAAGCAACACUGAUUGAAAAUACAUUUCACAUGCUGUUGUGCAAAUGGAAUGGACAACAGGUGGAAAUGAUAGACAAUUAGCAAGACACCCCCAAUAAAGGAGUGGUUCUGCAGGUGGUGACCACAGACCACUUCUCAUUUCCUAUGCUUCCUGGCUGAUGUUUUGGUCACUUUUGAAUGCUGGCGGUGCUUUCACUCUAGUGGUAGCAUGAGACGGAGUCUACAACCCACACAAGUGGCUCAGGUAGUGCAGCUCAUCCAGGAUGGCACAUCAAUGUGAGCUGUGGCAAGAAGGUUUGCUGUGUCUGUCAGCGUAGUGUUCAGAGCAUGGAGGCGCUACCAGGAGACAGGCCAGUACAUCAGGAAACGUGGAGGAGGCCAACAACCCAGGGGCAGGACCACUACCCCCACCUUUGAGCAGGAGGAGCACUGCCAGAGCCCUGCAAAAUGACCUCCAGCAGGCCACAAAUGUGCAUGUGUCUGCUCAAAUGGUCAGAAACAGACUCCAUGAGGGUGGUAUGAGGAAGCGACGUCCACAGGUAGGGGUUGUACUUACAGCGCAACACCGUGCAGGACGUCUGGCAUUUGCCAGAGAACACCAAGAAUGGCAAAUUCGCCACUGGCGCCCUGUGCUCUUCACAGAUGAAAGCAGGUUCACACUGAGCCCAUGUGACUGACGUGACAGAGUCUGGAGACGCCGUGGAGAAAGUUCUGCCUGCAACAUCCUUCAGCAUGACCGGUUUGGCGGUGGGUCAGUCAUGGUGUGGGGUGGCAUUUCUUUGGGGGGCCGCACAGCCCUCCAUGUGCUCGCCAGAGGUAGCCUGACUGCCAUUAGGUCCCGAGAUGAGAUCCUCAGACCCCUUGUGAGAACAUAUGCUGGUGCGGUUGGCCCUGGGUUCCUCCUAAUGCAAGUCAAUGCUAGACCUCAUGUGGCUGGAGUGUGUCAGCAGUUCCUGCAAGAGGAAGGCAUUGAUGCUAUGGACUGGCCUGCCCGUUCCCCAGAUCUGAAUCCAAUUGAGCACAUCUGGGACAUCAUGUCUCGCUCCACCACAGACUGUCCAGGAGUUGGCGGAUGCUUUAGUCCAGGUCUGGGAGGAGAUCCCUCAGGAGCAUGCCCAGGUGUUGUAGGGAGGUCAUACAGGCACAUGGAGGCCACACACACUACUGAGCCUCAUUUUGACCUCAUUUUGACUUGUUUUAAGGACAUUACAUCAAAGUUGGAUCAGCCUGUAGUGUGGUUUUCCACUUUAAUUUUGAGUGUGACUCCAAAUCCAGACCUCUAUGGGUUGAUAAAUUAGAUUUCCAUUGAUAAUUUGCGUGAUUCUGUUGUCAGCACAUUCAACUAUGUAAAGAAAAAAGUAUUUCAUAAGAAUAUUUCAUUCAUUCAGUUAUAGGAUGUGUUAUUUUAGUUUUCCCUUUAUUUUUUUGAGCAGUGUAGGAGGAUACCUUGGUGAAGCAUUCAUUGUGUUCACUACAGAGAGAGAUGGCCAGCACUCAAUGAGGCGCUUUGGAACUCUUCUUAGAAAGUCUCCGGUGACCCUACAUAUUAGUAGCAUCGCAGAACUGCAAUGAAAAAUGGAGUCCAAACUACAGAGAGAGAAGCUCCUUCCACCGGCAGCGCCCUUGCCCGACCCUGCCACAGCCCUACUGUUCGGCCUUGUUGCUGUUAUCCAAGGACUGCAGUCUAAUCAGCCAGGAGAGCACAACAAAGCGACAGCAGCACCUGGUCCUGUGCUCAGGGCCGAUAGCCCAGCUGUCGCUAGUGCAACUGUCGGUCCUGUGCUCAGGGCUAAAAACACAGCUGUGCCUGGGGGUGAGUUAAGGAGACCAGAAGAGGCUUACAGGCCAAGACCAGGCUACGUCAGGCUCUUUGGCCUGCCAAAAACUGUCACCAGCCAGGAGAUCUGCCACUUCUUCAAAGGCCUGUUGGUCCAGGAUGUGAUAGCUAAUGUGAAGCUGGGCGUGAGACAGGGCUGCCUUGUAAAGUUUGGGCAUGCCCAGGACGCAUGUGAUGCUCUAAGCUUCAACCACCAGCAACUGGGCCGCAUCAGCGUGAAGGUCCGUGGGGCCUCUGAGGACAUGUGGAGCUAUGCCAUCCAGCAGUGUCAGAACCCUUCAUAUGACCCCUUGGAAAACCCCUUGUAUAGGCCCACAACUCAGAGAGAUAGAACCUUGUACAACCCCCAAGAAAUACCCUCGUAUACAAUCCAGAGAGAUGAACCCUCAUUAGAAUCCAAGGAAAUGCAGCACCAGGAAAGGGCAAGGCCCUCAUACAGAACCCAAAGACAAAGCUUGUAUGAGCCUGACAGAGAAACACACAGGAUCUGGGCCAAGAGGAGCUCUGAGGACAGGUCACGGUCAGCGAAGAGGCCCAGAUCCUGUGAGUCCCCGAGCAUGGAGUACUGUAUUAUGGCCAAAAAUCUAUCCAAAACAAUAACGAAGACUGAGAUAAAAGAAUUGUUUGGCUGUCUGAACAUCGCCAACAGCAAAAUAUUACACUUACUGUAUAAGGAUAGUGAGAGGACAGAUACAGCGUUUGUAAUAUUCAACCAAACGGAAGACUACGUUUAUGCUUUGAACCUCAACGGCUGCCAUGUUGGUUCCCAGGCCAUAGACCUCUCAUCUGUCACCAAGGAGAAGAUGCAAGCCAUGUUGUCAACUGGGAGACACCAUGGCAACCCCAAGACAACACCAGCAGUGUCAGAGCGAAGCGAGGAGAAACAUCAGAUUGAGAGACCCAGGGUGAGACCGUUUCCCACAGCACAGACGUGUUUACGUACGAAACUGCCCCUGCGACCUUCCUCUGACUGAACAGUUGAUCUACAUUCUGGGUGAUCAAGAUGGCAAUGGCAUCGGUGAGGCUGUGGCUCAGUUUAAAACUGAGGGUUUUGCCACACAGGCCCAGAAAUGACAUGACAAGACAUAUGGGGACCAGAGUGCUGCUCACCUGUAUCAGCUUCCAGCAGAUGGAGGACAUUUACAAGGAAUGCGUAAGGAAAGAUGACCUACUCCUCAUAUUUACAUUUGUCAUUUAGCAGACGUUCUUAUAGAGCGAUUUACAGUAGUGAGUGCAUACUUUUUUCCUACUGAUCCCCCGUGGGAACUAAAACCCAAACCUUAGCGUUGCAAGCGCCAUGCUAUACCAACUGAGAAUUACUGGACAACUGUUGACCAGAGCCACAUGGGGAUCUGGUUGGAAGUAGUGGACUCUAUGGGGGAUAGGGUGUCAUCUGAGAUUGUCCCUAAAACUCUAAAGAUGGCACUUCAGGAUGGGCUCAUCACUGGAAUGAGCAUCCUUGAGUCGUAGUGGCUUCGAGAAGUGUUAACCCCAUACCCUCCAGUCAGUCAACAGUUAAUUUGGACAAGUCUAAACUGGAUGAGUCAAUAUCCAUUGUUUUUGAAUGAUUCCAACUUUAAUUUCAAGACCUCCCAUGGUAUAGAGACCCUUUAAUAUUUCUAUAACACCAAUGGCGGCAAAUCAUUCUACACCUACAUGUUGAUUUAAAUGCAUUUCAGACUGCAACAUUGUGACAAUGUUUGAAAACCAGCAACAACAUAUCAGGCAACAGGACAGCA